AUGCAGAAGCCAAACUCAAGUAAUUGGAUUAAUACAGAAGAUGAAACUCAAGAUUAUGAAGAUGAUUUUAUUGGUGAGACACCACCGGUAAUUAAUAAUAUUAGUGACGAAUCCAGAAAAGAAGACAUGCCAAAGCCAAGUCCUAAGAAACGAAAAAGGAAUGGAGGCGUGCCAAAACCAAUUACUAGCAAACGAGAUAGAGCAAGGAAUAAUGGUAAAGAAACGGCUCCUUGUUGGGUAGAGUUCGAGUCGGUGUGGAUUGUAGAGGAUGAUGGUGUUGGAAGGAAAAGUGUGGAAUGUAUUCAUUGUCAUACAAUACUUAAAGCCGAUACGGACCGAAACGGGACUUCUAAUAAGAACAAACAUUGGAGGAAUUGCAAGUUAAACCCGGAAAACAAAGAAAAAAAUGAUAAAAAGCAAGCCAAAUUGAAUUUUAAGAAGGAACCAAAUGGUGAGACUAGUGUACAAACAUGGAAACAUGAUGACACUAGGAUCAAACGAGCAUUACUAGGCCUUUUUACCGUUGGUGAACUACCAUUCAAGUAUGUUGAAAAUGAAGCAUUUAUUGAAUAUACUAACGCGCUUAAUGGUAGGGUGAUCUUGCCUUCUAGACAUAAAAUUUCCCGAGACGUAGGCAAGUUUUACUUAGAUGAGAGGAAUAAAUUGCUCAAGUAUUUCAGUAAUGCAAACACCGUUGUACACUUGACAACCGACACUUGGACAUCCUCUUGUAAAAAGGUCAAUUACAUGGUUGUCACGGCCCAUUUUAUUGAUGACGAGUGGGUCAUGCACAAGAGAGUCAUCAAUUUUAGGGAGAUAGAUACACAUAAAGGAGAAGAAAUUGGACGAGAGUUACUAGCAUGCAUACAUGGGUGGGGUAUGAAAAAUGUUAUGUCAAUGACCGUCGAUAAUGCCACGAGUAACGACACAACAAUCGAAUUUUUGGUUAAAAUGUUUCCCACGAUUUACGACGGUGGAAAACAUUUCCACAUACGGUGUAUGGCUCACAUCCUAAACCUUAUUGUGAAGGUUGGGUUAAAAUACCAUAACUAUCAUGUGGAAUGUGUACAAAAGGUGGUGAAGUAUAUUAGAGGUUCAACACAAAGGAUUAAGAAGUUUAAAAAAACCAUCAAAGACGUGGGGUUGGAAACAAAGAAAUUUUUGUGUGGCGACUCUCGAACCCGAUGGAACUCGACAUUCGAGUUGUUGAAAACCGCCUACGAGUUAUGGGAAGCUUUUGUGGAAUUUGGCAUCAAAGAAAAAUCGUAUGAGAAGGAUCUACAAAGAGUACCGGAUCGUUUGGAUUUCGAGGCGAUAAAAGAGAUGGUGGAUUUCCUUGAAAAGUUUAAGACGAAAACGGAGAACGUUUCGGCUUCAACAAAACCUUUAGUCCAUCGAUUAAUCCGGGAAAUCUUAGAUGUGAAUCUACAUCUUAAAAAAUGGUCAACCAAAGUCAACUUUGUUCAUUUGAUACCCGACAUGAAGGACAAAUAUGACAAAUAUUGGGGCGACUAUGCAAAGAUGAGUGAUUAUGUUUACUUUGCUAUUUUGCUAGAUCCUACAAUGAAGUCUCAAUUAUUGUUGUAUACUUUUAAAGAAAUGAUUGGUUCCAAGAAUGAAAAGUUAUCAAAGUCGGAGAUAGAAUUGAAAGCAUAUGAAAUGCUUUAUGAGGUCGAGAGGAAGAUUGAGAAAUUUUUUAAGACCUACGUGGAAAAAUACGACAUGGGCGGGUCUUCUCAACAACAAAGUUCUCAACAAGUCGUUGAUUGUGAUGAUGAUAACGACUUUUUUGGCAACUUCCUUAAUAGUGGAGGUGACAACUCGGAUGCGUUGGAAAAUGAAUUAAUUAUAUAUUUGAAAAAGCCCCGGGUUACGUACAACAAAAGUUUUGAUAUCCUAAGUUGGUGGAAACUUAACGGGUUAAGAUUCCCGAUAGUUGCUUGA